GCUCGCCCCGCCGCGCCUCGGGGGAUGCGGUGGAACGAGCCACAGGAAGAUCGUGCCGAGCUUGGUCGGACUCCUGCAUGUCAGAUGUGUGUGACAAAGUGAAGGGACACGUUAUGGGGAACUGGCUGGGUACUAUAACAAUUCCUCUGUCAUUGCAGUAUAUUUCUGUUGCUACCAUGGUAAGGAAAUGCUCAGACAGAAAGAGAAAUAAAAGCGUGUCUUCUUUCUGUCUGCAUAAACGGUUGGGACUGGAAGAGGCACCAUGGAAACUCCCUAGAUGGAAGGAAUGUAAAGAUUUAUAGAAAGCAGGAAAGUUACAAAACCUUUACUAAUACUUAUAACCUCUGUCUGCAGCAUCCAUGCAUAAACUGUUAGGAGAAGAUUUGUCCAGUUUUGGAUAAAAUUGUUUGUAAUGGCUUAGCUUCUAAUCUCAGGCUCUUUCUCAGGCACUGAAUGGAUUUUUUUCCACCGGUGGCUCCUGUGGUGGAAGCUACUAAAUUUUCUCCUGGUUCCCAACUGAAAUACCAGAAGGACAACUUUCAGCGUAGACUCAUACUUGACAAAGAGGAAAGUUUAAAAUAUCUCUAUGCACAAAAGAACCAAAGAUAUUCCUACUCUAUGUCUGCAGAAAGCACUCAGGACAAGCCCAGGCAUGGAGGCAUUCAGUCAGGUGGACUAGAGAGCAAGUAUCUCAUCAAGCAGACCUGCACUCUGUCAGCUAAGUCCUUAGGCAGACAUAAAGAAGGAGUGGACCGUGCAUAUCCCCUGCAACCAAUUUCUCACCACAAGAGUGCAAGCGAUCCACUGCUCAGCACUGGAAGUUCCCCCCACGUGCAGGAAGCUCCAAAUAGUAAAUCAAGCUCAAUAAGCAAAGAGAUGGUUCCAGCUGGGAGAUCUCAGUUAGCUGCAGUGCUCUGCCCUUGGACACGACAGCCUGAACCAUCAGCUCUCCAUCUCUGCAGGAGAGAGCUGGCCUACAUCCUAAAGCUGGAGGAAGAUAGAAGGAACCUAGAAGAGGCAAUUCAAAAGAAAAAGGCCCUUCUUGGAGAGAAGCUAAAGAGGACAGAGGAGACACUUAGGAGGAUUCAAAGAGAGAAGGAGCUUAUCAAGGUAGAGAAGAGAAGAGAAAGUGAAGUGGAGAGGACCCAUGAGCAAAAGGCCAUGAGGCACCCUGAAGAGAAAACUUUCAGAGCUGCAGACACGCCAGGUGUUGGGAUCUUCAGCGGGGCACAGUCUGCAGAGGACUCCAUCCCCAAGCCUGGCACCACUCCCCACCCCCAAGAACUGGCUGUGGGGAACCUCAAGGAGUGGCUGGUGGUCGCAAAACACAACAAAACAAACAACAGCAAAAUACAAGACAACAUCCCCACGGAGCAUUUAGCUUCUUGUUCAAAACUGGCCCCCAAACAGAGCCCUUCACUCUCUGCUCUCUCAGACCGAGAUUGUGACGCCCACCCAUCUGCAGAGAUGCCUCACAUGCAGGCUGCCAGUGCUGUGGAGCAGGAGGGCUUUGGACAGUGCAGCUUCUGCAAACGUAAGUUUCUCUGUGAAAGGCUUGAGAAACACAUGAGUAUCUGUGGCAAGAACCAAGACUCCAAGAGGAAAGUGUUUGACUCUAGCAAGGCCAGAGCUAGGGGAACAGAACUGGAACAGUAUCAGCAGCAGCAGCAGCAGAGCUCAAGGAGUCCUCAGAGUAAAACACCACCCAGAAAGAACAACUGGAAACAGAAGCACGAGGCUCUCAUGCACAUCAUGUCACAGGCCCGCCAGGUGGAGCAAACCCUCGCUAAGGGGAGCAAGGUCUCAGGCCUGCCCCCACUGCCUCCCAUCGACAACCCAGACUAUGUUGCCUGCACCUACUGCGGACGAAAGUUUGCUCCCCGAGCAGCUGAGAGGCACAUUCCCAAAUGCAAAAACAUAAGGAAUAGGCCCCCACCUCCACCACAGAGGAGGCUCUGAUGAGGCAGUGCCAGCUUUAUCUGCUGCUGUGAUUCCCUGCCUGGUUUUUGCCAGAUUCACAGUUAUGCACAUUUGUGUUUUCUGUAGUCUCAAUACUGGCUGCAAGCUUCUAUGUAAAGCCAGUGAACAGCUCAGGAUGAAUCAGCUGAAAAACAGAAAUUGUAUACUUUGACCUGCACCCUAGGUUGCCCCAAAAAAGAUGUCCCUUUCCUCAGCAUAAGAAGCUCAGGAUCAGAAAUUCCAGGGGUUAGAAAAGCUAGCAAUAGCAGACACUUGCUGUUUAAAUCCUUAUGUCAAUUCAUGUGCAUAGAACAAGGAUACUCUGAAUCAGCCAGGCCCGUGAGGCAACAGAACAACCAUAACAAACAGAUUUUUAAAAAUGGAGUUUUCUUCCUGCAGGCCAAGUUGCUAGGAACCUCUAAAAGCAAAGCUUUCACCCUUCCUGAAGUCAUCUACUUAUUUCGUCUUGGUUGCUGCAAUGGGAGGGAAUUAUGACAAAAAUAUAUCCCUUGUUUUCUUCUUGAGAUGGUAUUUUUCUAGAUUCUGAUUAUUAAAUGUAUUAAACUAGUUCUCUUGUGUAAAAGUUCUUUUAAAUGGUCACAGAGUGGUCUGUGUUCUCACAGUAAGAAUGACUACUUUGUAUGAGAAAGUUGCAACAAGAAACGAACAAGGAAUAAAAAAGCUCCAGAAGCUUCUUUUGCAAGUCCUCUGGUAGCAAUAGCAGCAGUUCAUGGGAACCUAGGGAAAGAUCUAAAGCAACUAGAUUAAGCUGGAACAGUCAGAAGCUGAAUAUGAAGAAAUACUCCAGCUUUCAAUGAGUGAACCAGCCACAAUGACUGAUCCUGACUCCUGAAAGAGGUUGGAGAGCUUCUGUCCUAUUGAUAUGUGAGCAGAAAUCUCAGUUCCUCGCUGAGAGAAAAAGCAGACUCAAAAGAAGGGAAAAUAAUUUACUGUAUCCAAACUGAUUGGAGAAGCAAGACCAAUGCUUUUACUUGAGAGUUUUGAAAAACAGGAUAGCAAGAGGUAGGAAAGGGGUAAAUUGAAACCUUUAUGUCAACCUCCUUGAAUUCAUGAAAGGAACAAGUGAUUUGAACACACUAGUUUAAAAAUUCAGCACCACUGCCUGUCUUCUAAUAUUAACUUUGUUUUCCUUGCACUAUGUUUUAUUGACUAUAUUUAGUAAACCUAAAGGUCAGCAGUGUAAAUAGUGACACAUGGAUACACACUAAAAAGCAUUGAUGCUGUAAAAUAAACACAUGGGACUUCUCAUAACUGACAGGCAAAUGGCUGAGAUUGAAAAGACUGACACUGUAGAUUAAAUAAAAGCUAUUAAAAUUAAA